AUGGCGGGGCACGCCAAAAACGUGGAGGAGGAAUGGACCAGGAGCAUAGACCAUCUGCGGGACAUGGCGCAUCAGAACGAGGAAAGCCUCAUGAGGAAUAAGAGGUUGACUUCCGUGCUGAGCGUCCCUAACCGGGAAUUGAUCGAUGGAAUCGAGCAUGUCGUGCCCGCCCUCGAUGAGCGCAGAGCCUCGUGGGCGAAGGAUCAGGAGUUCCAGCGCCGACUCCUCGACGAGCGUUUCUGCCGGAUAGACCAAAGCCGCGAGGACGUGGUGCACUUCCAGGAUAUCGGGAUGAAUUCGACGGAGGACGAGGAGCAUGAAAGGCGCGUGGCGUCGGCGGCGGCAGCCAGAAUGCUGAAGAGGCGGGGCAAGGGCAACAAGGCGCCCAAGGUGCUGGGAGUCCUCGAGCUCCUGCGCGUGAAAACAGGCGGUGCCGUCUCAACCUUGGUGUCAGCCCCGCCGCCGGACCUCCUGCAGCACAAGAAGAAGCCCAAGCUCCAUGACGGUAAGGCGGCUGAGGCACUCACGCGCCUGAAGCAGCGUCGCAACGAGGAGUUCAUCGAGGCUAAGGUUCGUCGCGAGAGGGAGGCUGCGGAGGCGCUCGUGCGUAAGGAGGAAGAGGAGCGGCUAUUGCACGAGGAGGAGGAGGCCAGGAGGAACAACACUGUUAAAUCAAGAGCCGCCCGGGCCGCUGCCGCGAUGGCUAAGAUGCGAAAGGUCGGGAGGGAGGUUGCCAUGGGAAGGAAGGUGGCGACGGCUGUGCAGGAUAACUCGGCGGAGGCCAUCGCGGCGAGGGAGGCUGAGCGCGCGCAGCAGGAGGCAUCUGAGCAGCUCAUCGCCGCGGCCGAGGCGCUGGAGGCGGAGGAGAACGAAGCAUCGCGACAAGGCAGAGAGAUGGGUGAUUUACGCGAGAAGAUUUCGCGCGCGCAAGCAGAGGCGGAUGAGGCCACACGGCUGGCGGUUCGCGCAGAGGAGAUCAUCGCCGACCUCAUCGAGGAUGGUCAGGAGGACGCUGCAGAGAUGGCAUCCCAAACUGUCGAGGCUUGGCGAGCUCGAUCUAUCGCUCUCAAAUCCGAAGUGGAUGUCUUGCAUGAUGAGUAUAAAGCGCUCGAGGAACGAUACGGGUUGGCGGAGGGUCGAAGGGCCCAGGCAGAGGCGCAGCUUGAAUCUCGGAACCAUCUCCUGAACGUGCUGAAAGGCGAGGUACUAACAAAAGAUUCAGAGGCUGACGUCGCAAGGGCAGCACGGGCGAAGGUCAUGGAGCACAUCGCGAACGAAGUCAUCGCACACAUUUACAGCGCCGAGGCGAACAGCGACCGGCAGGCCGUCACCGAAAUAGUCGGAGCAGCAGCGGAACUCGGCAUGAUGUCGGACGCGGCUGAAACUUUCGUCUCUCGCAUUGCUGCAGCUGUGGCGCGAGCUUCAGACACGGUUGCAGCCUCCCUCGCGGCCGCCCACGCCUCCAACAAGGCUAUAACAGCUGAGAUUAGCGAUCGUGCUAAUUUAGACACGGCGCAAAAGCAUGCGAAUGAUGCUCGGGAUCGUCUUUGCUCCGCUCUAACUGAGAUGUUCGCCGCCUCAUCAGUUUCUGGGUGCGAGGCGACGCUUGCUCAUGACGCAUCUGCAAGCUCUGCAAAACGCCUCACCGCCGUCGUUGGGGGACCGAUUAUGUCUUCUACGUUCGUUCCGGGGAAGACUAAGGUGUGCAAGGUCAACGGUGGGUUCAAUCUAAUCGGUGCAAGGGUGCCUGCGUCAGAGGAUCGAGAGAAUCCGCCCAAUGAUUUGAUGAACCUGCUCACAUCGGCGUUGCCGCUGGCUCCUCGGCAAGGCGAAUAUAAUAUCGAGAAACUUGUCGCCGAGCGAUCAAAGACAGCAAAGGGAGAUGCAGAACCCACGAGACAGGUGAUGCAAGCGUCAACACUCGAAAAGAGGACCAAGAAGUUGGCAGCUGUCGCCAAAAAGCUGGGUCUCGUCUCUGAAAUGACGAGCGAUGCCAACCCGGCAUUCGUGACAUCAGUUUUCAAGCCUCCUGGUUCUCAGUCGGCGCAACCUGAGCCGAUCUUGAAAUCUAGUGCCGACAGCACACCCAAGGUGGCCGGCAAAAAGACCGCUGUUACCAAGCUCGAACCAACUGUUCGUGUGCGCUUGGCUGUGGAACGCUUCAAUCGGGCGUACUUCGGCGCGUCUCGAGCAGAGGAGGCGGUUCGCACCGCACUGGACAAUCUCGUGUCUGCGUGUGAAACGGCACACACAAAAAGGCGAGACGCGGACACGUUCGCGACGAGUGCUGAAUUGUUUGAGAUUCGCAGAGUCAUGGUGGAAAGGGUAUUUUCCGUCGGUGUUCGCCACAUGGCUGAUGCGAAGCCUAAAAUCACGCGGUUGCAGCUGACAUCAGUCGACCCAAGGGAAGCCUCGCUGGCUCUUCUAGAGGCUAGCUUCUCUGCCUAUGAAGCCGUGGCCGCUGAAGCCGAAGCUGUCGUCAAUGGAUACCGAAACAAAGUGAAGGCUGCGACCACAGCACUGUCGGACGCAGAGAAGGGCGUCGCUGCAGCUCUGGACAAUUUGAGCGAGGCUGAAAAUGCGGAGCGCAUCACAAAGGAUGAACACGUCGCUGCGAAAGACAGAAGAGCUUUGGGAGAAAAACGACUCAAAAAUCUCUUGCAGGUGAUGAAAGAAGACAAGGGUAUCAUCUGGAAGGCUGAAAUCACAGCAUCAAAGGUCGACGCUGCGAGAGAAGCGGUCGAGGCGCUUCGAGAAGUCGAGUUAUCUGCGAGUCUGGCAUCCAAGGAGGCGACCAAAAAAGUUGACGAAGCUCGCCAGGCAAUACCUGAGGCUGAAGCUUUCGUUGCACCUGCUGUUGUUGCGCGCGAGCAUGCGCACAGACUCCUCUCAUCUGUGGAAGAGGAGAGAGAUGAUAUUCGGCGGCUGGUUUCCGCAGCUCAGACUGCACUGAAGCUUGAUGCCGAAGGUGAACGUCUUGCAAUCAUCGCAAAAGACGCCGCCGCGGAAGCCGCCGUCGCAGGUGAAAGCGACGCAGACAUCCAUCGUCUGGCCGUCGAGGCCGCGACAGCAGCAUCCAAAUCUAUAUUUGAAGCAGCUCAGGAGUGUGCCGUUAAGGCUGCAGAGGCCGCGACCGCCGCAAACGCUGCCAUAGCCGCCGCAGAUGCUGAGGUUGUAUCAUGCAAGGCUGCGGUGGAGGCUCGCGAGGCGGAUCUUGCCCUGGCAAAAUACGAGAUGACACGCGCGCAAGACGACGAACGUAGAAACCUGGCCGCUGAGCGCGAGGCGAAGAUUGCGGAACCAAUCGCAAAUCAGACAAAAUCAUCGCCAGAGAAGCCGAAGCGACAGGUCAAAAACCCACGAGCACUCGCCAGGUUCAGGUUGGCUGUUAGGCUCGUGAUUGCUUCCAUCGCUUUUGUCACACCGGCUCAACGGGCAGCGGCAGAGGUUGCAGAACUGCGUCGUAGAAUCGUCGAGGCCGAGCGAGCGCUCGAGACCGCAAUAGAAGACGCGGAAUACGCCCGCAGAAAGGCUAAAAUUGCCGAACGUCAUUGCGAGGAUGCGAGGAGGGCGGCAGCUGCGCUGCGCGAGAGGGCCGAUGCAAUCCUUGAGAGGGAAAGCAGGGACAAAAAGCGGGCAUCCAAAGCCACUUUCGCUCGUGAGGUCAACGACGUGAAAUCUCUGGACAACGCGAUCUUGACCGAGAAGCGCGCGGAAGAGGCGGUGCAGCGAGCCACGGAUACGCUGGAUGCGGCUCGCGAUGCGGUGGCGGCGGCGAAGAGUUCUGUGGAGCAGACGUCUCAAGCAGUACAGGACGCAGAGAGCACCCUGGAGUCUGCUACUUCGGAUCUUAGCGAGAAGAAAGAUGCUGGUACGCUUGCAGAAGCAGAAGCUCGUUUGACUGAAUCAAAAACUACUGCAGAGAAGCUUCGUGCUGAAGGACCGGGCCUGGAAGCCGCAGUUGCCGCCGCGGAUGAGGCUGAGAUGAAUGCUUUGGAGCUUCGCAAUGAGCUGAGGCGGCUGCACGAGGACCAUGAGCGUCGGGUCAAACGAGCUACUGGCACCCUUCGCGCCGCGCGUGAAAUGUCCGAGUCAUCGACGCAUAGGUAUUCAGCGGAGCUUAAGCGCUUGCAUGAUGCGGGGCGAGCCCUAAAGAGCGCGAAGAAGCAACUUGCGGAAGCCACAAAACUGCGAGUGAAGGCUGAGGAGACAUCGGCAAAAGAAGCAGAAAAACGGCGUCGCAUGGCUGAGCUCGACGGAAAGGCACGCCAAAGAAAGCGUGAUAAGACGGUUACGGUAGAUCUUUCGGUUGUGAAUGCGACUACGUCGCAAGAUGUCGACAAGUCGCGUCAGAUUAAGCAGCCAGAUCUCACUGAGUUGGAUGUUGAGGUGAUCCAUCGCAUGUUUGAGGAGGCUGACGCAAGCGAAGCAGAGGGCAUGCAAGAGAGACACCGGAAUGACGAGGCCGCCAUGAAGCAUCGUCAUUCGAAGGAGACGUUUAUAUUGGCGGACUGGCAUCGUCGUGGCGGUGGUGCAGCUCCGAGGCACAAGGUCAAACACGAGCCCGGCAAGAUGGUGAACACACUCAUGCUGGGGUUCAAGCAGGACGUGUUCCGCGGCGGAUCCGUGGCGACGCGUUUCGAGGGCGGCAACUCGUUCGGUCCACCCACGGACCAUGCCAUGGACAAGGUUUUGAAGCAGCAGAUGAUCUCACGCGGCGAUUGGCUGCCGGAGAUGGACGACCCAGACAAGCCGCAGGGUGUGGCGGCAAACGAACUGGCCAGGAGGCACGCAGCGGAGGUGAAAGAAGGACAGGUGCGGCGACGGGAGGAGGAGCGCAGGCACAAGGCGUCGCGAGAGGCGCGGAAGGAGGCGUUUAUUCUUGAGGCGAGCGAAGAGAGGAAGCGAGAGAAAUUAGAAGCCGUAAAGGCACUGCUCGGUAGGCAGUAG